AUGGCAAUCCCUUUGUCAGACAGUGAAGGGAGCUCGGAUGGAGGAUCCACGAUGGAAGAGCCUGAGGUGGCGAACGUCGAUCUAGCAGCUUCCUUUCGCCCUGAAGGCGUGGUUAUACUGACAGAGGAGCUGGCUGCCGAGGAAGUGAGCCCUCGAAAGAAGCGGCGCCUUACUCCAAACAUCAAGGCGUUGAUAGUGACAGCAUUUCUCUUCACAACGAUCACCGUCGCACAGGUGGCAGCUGCAAGAAUCGCCAAUUCGCAGGCCUUGUUGAUGGACUGUAUUUCGAUGGGUGUGGAUGCUUUGACCUACAUGGGCAACAUCUGGGUAGAGUGUCGGAAGCGAGAUGGAGCUCCCCACGAGGGCUCGCAGGUGAUUGUUUGCCUGAUCUCCCUGAGUUGUUUGAUCUAUUUCACCUGGGAUGCCGCACAGGAGAGCCUUGAGACCAUUGCUGGUUGCAAGGGUCUUACAGCCAGCGACAAGCCAGAAGAAGAUGUCAAUGGCAACAUUACGCUUGCAUUCGGCGCCGGGGGAGUGGUGUUUGACGUCCUGUCGCUAUGGGCCUUUUGCCGCAGCCGCCGAAAAGAGGGCCACACAGUCAACAUGUUCACGGCGCUCCUACAUGUCGGAGCCGACUUCCUGCGCUCGGUUUCGACGGUGGUCAUGUCUCUCCUGAUCCUGCUUGGAAAGUUCGACUCGGCCUGCCUUGAUGCCUACACCAGCAUGGUGAUCGGCGCCUCCAUUGUUGCCGGAGCCAUCUUUGGACUUGUGAACUUGGGAGCGCUCGUCCGGCAAUGGGCUCGAAAGAUUAGAGGUCGGAGCGUUGAAGAGUAG